AUGAUUUCGAACGUCGCAGUUGUGCUGAAAUAUUUGCUUAUUUUUUUUGCGAUAACGCAAAUUCAAUCUGGUCAUCUAGUAGAAGGGCCAAAGGCUGAGAACCAGUGUGGUGUAUCUUUAAGUGCUAGUGGACUAAUCUACAAUGGAAAAGUGGUGAAAAGAAAUCAGUGGCCGUUCUUGGUGGCAUUGAUGAUGGUUGCCGAUGGGAAGUUUUUUUGUAGCGGAACUCUCAUUUCACGUAGUCAUGUCCUGACAGCUGCACAUUGCCUUCAAGAAAAGGGUCAGGAAACACCUUCAACACCUUCAGAAUUCAUUUUGCAUCUCGGAAAAUAUAAUUUGAGUCUUGUCUAUGAAUGCGGCUCAAUCACAGUUUUUCCAGAAAGGAUAAAAAUUCAUCCUAAUUGGAACAUUCAUCAAGAGAAAUAUGAUUCAGACAUUGCAUUAAUAAAAAUUGAGGGAACUGUCCCAAUAAGAACAAAUAUUUUUCCAGCAUGUUUGUGGACGUCUAAAAUGGAAGCAAUUGGUCAUCAAACUGGAACUGUUGUCGGAUGGUAA